AUCCUCUCUGCCUCUCAGUCAGUGGGUGGCUGGAGGCUGAAGUGUGAUCACAGUAUUGUAAUCGAUUUCUUUGGCGGAUCAAUAUCAGUUAUCAGAACGGAAUGAGGCUCCUCUGCAGCGGAUCGAUCGCGUCUCUGCUGCUCCACUUCUUUCUUCCAGUUUGUUUGGGCGCUCAUGGUCGCUUCGCUCAGAAGCUGCUGAAUGACUUGUUCUCCAACUACACCAACGCCUUGCGUCCGGUGGAAGACACUGACCACAUCAUCAACGUCACCCUGCAGAUCACUCUCUCCCAGAUCAUCGACAUGGAUGAGCGGAACCAGAUCCUGACCACCUACCUGUGGAUACGCCAGGUGUGGAAUGACGCCUACCUCACCUGGAAGAAAGAGGACUACGACGGCCUCGACACCAUCCGCAUACCCAGCAGCUAUGUGUGGAGACCUGAUAUUGUUCUGUAUAACAGUGCAGACGAUGAGUUCUCCAGCUCCAUGGAGACCAACGUUGUUCUCCGUAACGAUGGUCAGGUCAUGUGGGACCAGCCAGCCAUCACCAAAAGCUCCUGCUCGGUGGAUGUGGCCUUCUUCCCCUUUGACGUCCAGCAGUGUCACCUGACGUUCGGCUCCUGGACUCACAACGGCAACCAGAUGGAUUUGUUCAAUGCCUUGGACAGUGCUGACCUGGCUGACUUUGUCCCCAAUGUGGAGUGGGAGGUUUUGGGCAUGCCAGCCAAGAAAAAUGUCAUCCUGUAUGGCUGUUGCUCGGAUCCGUACCCGGACAUCACCUUUACCCUCCACCUGAAGCGACGGGCCUCCUUCUACAUCUUCAACCUCCUCAUCCCCUGCAUGAUGAUCUCCUUUCUGGCCCCGCUGGGCUUCUACCUGCCAGCUGACUCAGGUGAAAAGGUUUCUCUGGGUGUCACGGUGCUGCUGGCCCUUACCGUGUUUCAGUUGCUGGUGGCUGAGAGCAUGCCGCCCUCCGAGAGCGUCCCACUGAUAGGAAAGUACUACAUUGCUACCAUGACGAUGGUCACUGCUUCAACAGCACUCACCAUCUUCAUCAUGAACAUACACCACUGCGGUCCAGAGGCUCGUCCCGUCCCAGAAUGGGCCGAACGUUUCAUCCUCAACUACCUCGCCCGCAUCUGCUUUGUCUAUGAAGUCGGCGAAAACUGCCUCGAAGUGACUUCAUCCGGGAAACAACCUCUGUCUCAGGAGGAGUCUGAAGCCACAUCAGCCAAUGGUGCCAACCCCAGAGGACCAAACUGGGAUGUGAAUGGACAGGCGUGGGGAGGGAGGGUGGAAGACAAUGGGGCGGGGGCGUCUCUGAAGUUGGAGCAGGAUUUGACCAACCAGACAGACUGGAAGGAGGAUCUGUUUGUGACCAUCGACCACUCGGAGGAGGAAGGAGCUGUUGGUGGACGUGACGAGCAGGGAGAGGAGUCAAACAGUGCCGGUGGAAGAGGAGGAGGAGGAGGAAGAGAGCAUGUUGAAGAAAAGAAAGGUGUCGGAGGUGAAGCCAAGGAGAACAGGAGGGAGAUCUUAGUUAAAACCCAGUGUGUUUGCCAACACCACGGACUGCGCAAGAGUGUUGAGUUCAUUGCCAGCUCAUACCAGGACCAGCGAGCAGCACAGCUGCGCAUUGGGGAGUGGAGGAAGGUCGCUAAGGUCAUGGAUCGCUUCUUCAUGUGGCUGUUCUUCAUCAUGGCCUUCUUCAUGAGCAUUCUUAUCCUGGGAAAAGCCAUCUGAAUUAGAUCUGGCCUCAGAGAAUCACAGCGAGUUGGUACACUGAUAAAAUGAUUCGUUAAACUUUCUAAGUAUUGAGUCUAAAAUCAGUCUUUGUUUUCAGUAACAGGGAUGUUUGCUCAAAUAUUAAUUGAUUUCAGAGGCCAAAGGCUCAAUCCACCAACCUGUCAUAAAUUUAAACUUAACCCGAUGUCUCUGCGAACAGUGAUUUCCACCAGAAUUCAAGAUGUAAGUAAACAGGUUUUAAAGAGGCGAGUUCAUGAGGGUCAAUAAUCAAGAAAAGGCCAUAGAUCAUAGAUCAUAGAUUCAAAUGCUUUGAACGCAUCUCAUCAAAUAUCAUCAAAGGUUUUCAUUUAAUUUAAUAACCUGCAGCAUGGUGACACGGAUCAUUGUGUUUGACAUGUGACUCCCAGCACUGGCCCGAAUCAACUCUCUAGAAAAACAGCGAUCUGCCACCUUUGCUCCUGAGAUCAUCACAUUCCAGCAACUUCUGGAAGACAUGUUUUUGCAGUUUUGCAGUUGAGAGUUUAGUGCUCAUUUGCAUGAAAUUUAAAGGGAGGUUUCUAACCCAAAUAUCAUACAUAACGUUCCCAGAAAUAUCUGCAAUAGAUUCCUUACAUCAAAUAUAUUUGCUGUAGCCAAGUAGGUGCCAAGUAAGUGAACUGAGGAAGAGAAACUUGUGUUUGAUGAACGUGCAGAAAGGAAACAGAUGCAUGAAAUAAAUACGAUCUGAAAGUAAAGACAGCACCAAAUUAACUUAAAUUAAAUGUUUCUUUUCUAAAGAAAUCUUAGAACUACUAAGGAAAAGAUGAAGUUUUAUGCAGCAGAGUGCAGGAGUCAAAUUACCUGGUUUCAGUAUUUUUCACUUGUUUGAAGGAAAAACUGAUUUUAAAGAUGAAUUUUGACAUUAAAUGUUUUUAAGAGAUUAAUACAACAUGAGAUGAGAUUCAUUAAACUCAGACUGGCUUCCAUCUGUUUGUGAAGAUCAAAAGAUGAAAAAAAAAAUGUUUGUUUACAUGAUGAGAAGACGGACUGAUGUCGCUAACACAGCUGAACACAAACACACAAACACAGUUUUGAAAACCACGUUUGCCACACUUUUUUAUAUGUUUAUGCGCUGAGUGUUCAUUUUUUUAACAACUUGAAAAUGCAUGGAUGAUUUUUUUAUGUACCCAUCACACUGAAGUCACAACCAAUAAGUAUGGUUAUCAGUUAAUCUUUAAACAACACAGUGUGUAACUUCUGCCACUAGGGGUCUCUCAUUCAAAACAAAAGACUGAGUUUGGAGAUGUUGUGAGGGAUCAUGGGAGUUGUUGUCUUCACCACCAUUGCAAAUAUAAAAUAUACAGUUUAAAACAAGCAAGAUCUAAAACAGCCUAUCGUAAAAUUGCGGCAUGAAUUAUUUUGACUGCUGCAACCACAACGAGGGGAUAUGACAUCAGUGACAGUGACAGGUGACCAAAUAAAAAAGCAAACCUUUACCUUCAUUAAAAUGACAGAUUUCUCCAGGUGUGAAAAGUGAUGGAAACAUUUGGGAUAAUGUAAGUACACACAUCUACAAAAUAUGCAACACAGGUCUAGUCAUUUUUGAACCUUUUCAUGCCAUCUAUGAAUUUUGUGUCAAUCAACUAAUUGUUUCUUGCACAAUCCAUGAAUGAAAUUGAACUUAAUUUGUGAAUUCUGCUUUUUUUUUAUUCAGCCAUCAGAACAAUCAAACAGGGAAAUGAUACAGAGGUAUUAAAGGAGGUUGUAGAAAAUGAAGAAUGUACAAAAAGAGGGAAUAGUGAAAGGAAAGAAGAAAAAACUGUUUUGAUGCUCAAUCAGUGAAAAUCAUGACGAUAAUCUCACAUGAUCUUAAAGAGUAUUAUCAGGCUUAUGAAACUUAUUUUACGUCUUUAUUAAUUAACUUAUUCUAUUGUUGCCUUGUUGCUGCCUUCACAAGACUAAUUAUAUUCAAAAAAGAGUAAACAAUUACAAAAAAUCUUUAAAAGAAUUUAUUUGCAGUCUCCAUUAAAUAGUUUGUUCUCUAGAGAGCACUGACAAGUGUACAGAAUGUUUCACUGUUAAAUGUCCAGCUCAGUACUUACAGUAUCUUAGUCACAAUAAUUUAAUAACAAAAUUAAGGAGAUAUUAAAGUGAAGGAGCAAAAGAAGUUCAGAUAAUUAAAUUUUAUAGGCCUGAGAAAAAGUUACUCAACUUCUCUUUUUUUGGAGUGUAUGUGACCAUCACAAUGUAAAAGUACAAAUGCCAAAUGUAUCACUGUAACAUUGUUAUACACUGUAUCCUGAUUGUGUGAUAUAUUUACACAUGACACACUGUGAAUGCCAUGAAAUACAUUAAACUUUUCAUAACAACUUUG